AUGAAGUGAAAUGACUAAAAAAUAUGAUCUGAUUUUGAUCUCGCUCGGUGAUCGAUUAAAGCAAAAUGAAAACAUAACUAAUUCUGACAUCUUCCUAUUGCAUUUGCAAUUUCUAGAUUCAAUUCUCAUUCCGAAUUUUGUUUUUCUCUAAAUAAAUGGUUUGCUUUCGAAGAAAAUUAGUGUGAUACAUUGUUAUGAAUGUUUAAUUGCUCUUUGAUUUACGGUGGCAUCACGUUUACUUCUGUCCACUCUCAGCUGAGAUUUUAGCAGCUAUGGCGGGAGUGGUUGGAAAAAAAUCAACUUUAUUUCUUGUAGAUAUUUUUUUAUAUCCUUUAUAUUUGUUUGUUAUGCCUUAGACUGUGAUACUAAAAUUAGAAAUUAAAAUUUUUAAUGCCGGAUGGAAAGAGAGGAGGCAGCUGAAGGCACAUCAUUUUUUCAACUGGGUGAUGAUACUCGGCCACUAGAUAGUUGGUUAACCGAACCUGAAGAUGAUGGUCCUCUCGUUUUUCACCGCGUCAAUUCUAAAGAAAUUAUUUAUCAAGCACGUAAAAAGAAAGCAAAAAUUAUUGGGAAGUAUGUCAUGGGCGAUAUCUUGGGAGAGGGUUCAUAUGGUAAAGUAAAAGAAAUGCUGGAUGCAGAAACUCUCUGUAGGAGAGCUGUUAAAAUUUUAAAAAAGAAAAAAUUACGUAAGAUUCCAAAUGGAGAACAAAAUGUACAAAUGGAGAUUUUGCUUUUAAAAAGACUCAAUCAUAGAAAUGUUAUUAAGUUAGUGGAUGUUUUAUACAAUGAUGAAAAGCAAAAAAUGUAUAUGAUUAUGGAGUAUUGUGUAUCAGUUUUACAACAAAUGUUAGAAAAACUGCCUGAUAAAAAGUUUCCUAUUUGGGAAGCUCAUGGAUAUUUCUGCCAAUUAUUAGAUGGUUUAGAAUAUUUACAUAGUCAGGGUAUAAUUCAUAAAGAUAUUAAACCUGGGAACCUAUUGUUGACAACCUGUCGAACGCUAAAGAUAUCAGAUCUUGGAGUAGCUGAGGCACUUGAUCGUUUCGCUAAAGAUGAUAUUUGUUAUACCAGUCAAGGAUCUCCAGCCUUUCAACCACCAGAAAUUGCUAUUGGCUUAGAAAGUUUCUCUGGUUUCAAAGUAGAUGUUUGGUCUUCAGGUGUUACCUUGUACAAUUUUACUACAGGAAAAUAUCCUUUUGAGGGAGACAACAUUUACAAAUUGUUCGAAAAUAUUGGUAGGGGGGAAUUUGCGGUUCCUGAAGAUUUAGAUCCUCUUUUAAAAGAUCUGCUCCUGGGUAUGCUUAGGAAAGAUCCGGUAGAAAGAUUCACUUUACAACUAAUAAGAGAGCAUGAUUGGGUGAAGAAGAAAUAUUCAGUAUCUGGUUCUUAUUCACAUAUUUUACAUAUUUGUGAUGAAGAUGAUUACUGUAGUAUGACUGUCUUGCCCUAUCUCCAAGAUUUACAUUACUCUCAAACAGAUGAUGAAGACAGUGGCUCACAAGAAUUCAUUACUGAGCAUGAUCUUCAAGCUUUACGAAGGCAAGAUGUACCUUCUCAUAGAAAUUCUAUUCAUCAACAAACGGGUAGUAAAACAAAAAAGCGCUUCAAAUCUCUUGGAUCUUUAGCUUCCAAUCGUUUAACAUUUUGUAGACAGUCCUGACAAAUGAUCAAAAUCUUUUUUUAAGAAAUGGUAGAAUGGAAAACUUCUAUUAAUUGCACAAAUGAAUGUUCCUUUGGGCAAAAUGUCAUUUCCUUUGUAGAAGAAAGUUUCAUGGAAUGCUGUUUCUAACAAGAAUUUUAAGCAAGGCUCAAUUUUCAAAUGGAAAAUACUUAAUCAAGUUAUUUAAGCAUUUAAUCCUUUUUACCUCCUAGCCUUUUAGGAAGAAAAUGGAAAUUGCAUAAACUCUUUGGAAUGGAUUUUCACAGCUAAGUUCUUCUGAACAACUGAAACUUUAUUUUUCCAGAAGCCCAAGAAAUGAACAUAUGAACAAUGCAUUUUCUCACAUUUUUCCUCUUUCUGUAGCUUUAUUUGGAAAAUGCUUAAAAAGUGAAAUGUUGCUAUUCUUUUAUUCUCUAAUUCCAAUUUAAAAAAAAAUAGGGAAUCAAAUGUUAUGUCUGGAAAAAUAUCAGUUUCAAAUUUAGAAAAUAUAUAUAUGUAUUUUUUAAAAAAAAUGGAAAAGUGAAUUUUUUUUAUAAUGAAUGAAAAUUAUGAAUCAGGUGAAAGAAAAAUGUUUUAUAGAAUUAUAUAAAUUUUAUUGUAUAUGGUAUUUAUAAAAUGUGUUUUGUACAUACAAAUUCUAAGUAUUGUAAAGUGUAAUAUUUAAACAGUAUUUUCAGUUAUUUAUCUAGUUUUUGAUGUAUGGAUGUUUCUUUUAUGGAGCUUAUCUUACUAAAUUUAUUUAAUGCUG